GCGGUUGGUUGGAAACGGGUUAACUCGCUUAACGUUGUCCUCGAAAUCCCUCGUCUCGAUCGACGUUUAUUCAUUAAACUAUGCACCAUACUAAAAUGUGCGAUUGUUAAUAUGUCAAGUCUACAUUCUGUGGCAACCAUCGGAUCGGUAUCGCUCAGUGUUGGGAUUGGCCUAGGCCCCUGACAUCUCCCCGCCCCCUAGACCUCCUCAUCGAGUGCAGAACCCGACCAGAAGAUCGGGAAAAUGGCGCAAGCAAUAUUCGAGGUGCUCGAAGGCAUGGACAACCAGACGGUGCUGGCGGUCCAGUCUCUCCUUGACGGCCAGGGAGGUGUGUCCGACCCCAACAACCAGAACGUCUCGGGGCCACCCGUCAUCCAGUCCAUGGACGACGAGGACGUCUUCCUGUGUGGGAAGUGCAAGAAGCAGUUCAACUCGCUGCCCGCCUUCAUGACCCACAAGAGGGAGCAGUGCCAGCCGGCCGGGCCCUCGCUCUCCACCGUGUCCCUGGCCUCCAACGCCUACCCCCCCGGCCCCCCCGUCAGCAGCGGGCCUCAGCCCCCCUCCAACCGCCAGGUGUCCACCUACAUCGCCGUGCCCCCGUCGCCCCUGACCCACACCCUGGUGCAGGGCAACGUGCUGGUCAGCGACGACGUGCUGCUGUCCGCCAUCUCGGCCUUCACCUCCAUCGAGCAGCCGAUGGCAGCCAUGCCCGCACCUGUACAGAGCAACGUGAGCAUGCACGCGGCAGGCGUGUCGUACCUCCAGCACCACCACCACCAUCACCACCAUCACCACGGCAACCACCACCACCUCCCCCACCACCCCCACCCCCACCCCCAGACGCAGCAGCAGAGUCACGCCCUGCCGCCCAGCCAGCCGUCCCAGCAGGCCCUCUCCCUGCAGGUCCCCGCCUGCCACGCCCACAACGCGGUGCAGGUGCAGGUGUACAGCACGCUGCCCCCGCUGGCCGGGGGUGGCGGUGCGGAGAUACACACUCUGGGCCUGCAGCCGUUCCAGUCGGUCCAGGUGCCCAGCCAGUGUGUGGGCAGCCAGUCGUUCCCCGCCGCCCCCGUCUACAGCCCGGGGAAGCAGGGCAGCAAGACGGCGGCCUGCAGCGUGACCUCCAGCCUCCCCGACCUGGACCUGCUGGCCAAGAGGCCCCGCGGCACCAAGAAGACCCCCGAGCCAGCGGGCACCGCAGACCAGCUGAAAGGAAAAGGGCACAAACUGAAAUGCAACUUCUGCGACAAAAUCUUCGCCAAGAACUUUGACCUCCAGCAACACAUCAGAAGCCACACCGGAGAGAAACCCUUCCAGUGCAUCGUGUGCGGGCGUGCCUUCGCCCAGAAGUCCAACGUCAAGAAGCACAUGCAGACACACAAGGUGUGGCCACUGGGCAUGGACGCCUCGGUGUCUCGGCAGCCAAUCACAGUCAAGGUGGUGCCGGUGUCGACCAAUGAGGAGGAGGAGGGCGUGGAGAAGCAGCAGCAGCAGGAAGAGGAGCAGUCGGAGCAGCAGAACAGCCAAUCACAGAUGGAGGAGGAGGAAGAGGAGGAGGAGGAACAAAGUAGAACAGAACCUAUCGGGCAAAGGUCGGAGGUCAACGCGACGAGCGACCCCGCGGACUCACGGACGGCGGAGACCUCGGAUUGCGGACGUGGCCCGCCCCCUCCGGUGGCCCCGCCCCCUCUGGCCCCGCCGCCCUCGCCCCCCCGGACCAAGCAGCCGGGCGGUGAGCCGGCGGGCCCGCAGCAGCAGGUGGUGGUGAUCGACCGCUCCUACCAGUGCCAGUUCUGCAGCAGCACCUUCACCAGCUACUUCCAGCUCAAGUCCCACCGCACCCAGCACAAGGAGGAGCAGGUGUACAGGUGUGUGCUGAAGACGUGCCUCCAGACCUUCAACCAGCUGGACUCGUACCUGGAGCACAUCCGCUCCCACCAGGAGCAGCUCACCUACCGCUGCCACCUGUGCAGCAAGGUGUUCCCGUCGCUGUUCGAGCUGGGCGUGCACCAGUACUCCCACUGCUUCUGCCCACAGCAGGGCUCCCGCAAGGAGACGCCCGUCUACAGAUGUAUGAAGUGCCAGACCAAGUAUUCCACCCAGGCCGGCCUGGAGCAACACCUGAUGACCGCCACACACAGCUUCCCCUGCCCCCAGUGUCCCAAGGUGUUCCCCAGUGAGCGCUACUUCCGCCGCCACCUGCCCACCCACGGCCUCGGGGGGGCCUUCAGGUGCCCCACCUGCAGGAAGACCUUCAAGACGGAGCACUACCUCAAGCUGCACAUCCGCAUACACACAGGGGAGAAGCCCUUCAGCUGCACGCUGUGCCAGGCGUCCUUCAACAGGAAGGACAAGCUGAAGAGACACAUGCUGAUCCACGAGCCCUUCAAGAAGUACAAGUGUCCCUUCAGAACGCACGUGGGCUGCACCAAAGAGUUCAACCGACCGGACAAGCUGAAGGCCCACAUCCUGUCCCACUCCGGCAUCAAGGCCUACAAGUGUCUGUUCUGCCAGAAGAAGUUCAGCCGGCGGGCCCACCUGCUGGAGCACCAGCAGUCGCACACCGACAACUACCGCUACCGCUGCCUGACCUGCCGCAAGGGCUUCACCCGCAGCAACUACUACCGCGCCCACGUCUGCCCCGCCUCCAGCCCCGCCCCGGGGAGGGGCCCCCCAGGGCGGGGCCGGAGGCGGGGCCGGCCCAGGAGGCGGGGCGCAGACGCCGACGCCGACGACGAAGAGGGCGGGAGCGACAAAGACAGCGGCAGUGAGGAGGAGGGCAGCAGUGAGGAAGAGGGCGGCAGCGACGAAGGGGGGCCGGGGGCCGACGGCGAGGAGAAGGGACCCCCGCAGCCGAGUGACGAGGAGGAGAAGGAUGAAGACGAGGAGGAGGAGGAGGGGGUGAUGAUAGAGAAGGGAGAAAAUGAGGAGGAAGAGGAUGAGGGUUCGAAGGGUGAUGAAGAGUCUGAGAUGGAAGGGGGCGGGGAGGAAGAGGAGGAGGAGAACUUAGCGGAGGACGAGGAGGAGGCGAGAGACGAUGUCCCCCAGGACGCCAUGCGGGCGCGGACAAAGGGAGGGGCGGGGCUAGGGGCGACGCCCGGUGAUGACACCGUCAGCUUCCAGCAGCUCUGUAUGUGACACGUGAACUUUGACCCCUUUUCUCUACCGGAAUCAUCUGCUGAGCAAGAUGUCUGAGAUAUAAGCUGCCCGGCUGAAUUUGUUUUAAAUUAAAACGCUUUUAUUGAAAACUGCUGUCAGUUAUUGAAUUAAUUAAAGUUUAAUUAUUCUCUUCAAUUGAUAGUCUUUAACUAAGACCCACACAGAUCCAUGUUGCUAAAACGUGAUCUUUCAUCAUCUAAUAUCUCACCAGGCGCUAUGAACGUUUUAGUAUAACCUUGUAAAGGGCUCUGAUUUUACCACCAGGUGUGAUGUUGACGAGCCAUUACAAACCAUUUAAAAAAAUAAAAAAACAUUAGUGAAAUCACAAGUGGCACUUUGUUUCCACCCCAAUGUAGGAUGGAUAGAUCGGCCUACCAGUUGCAUAAAAAAAAUAUUGAUAUCCUUACUUAAUCAGUUAUAGUUUCAUUAAAAAAAAUCGGUACUGCUAUAAUAGCAAGUGGCACAAAUUAUUCCGUGCUGCUUGAACUAAAAAGAUGCAAAUGUUAAGCUUACUUGGAGUCGUGAAGGCAUAUGGAGACAUUUGUAGUUUAAGUCUAAAAUAAGGUCUGCCUCAUGUGUCCAGUAAAGUUAACAAACCUAUACAUCACAUCAGUACUACUAGUUUAACUAACGUUAAACUAACCUAGACGAAUGAACACUCGAACGAAUGAAGGACGAAUGAAUCCACAAACAUGUAGAUUUAAUUUAUUAAGGUGAGCGAUUUCUAUAUUACACAUCCAUCAUGUACAUCAUAAAUCAUACAGGAAGGUGGGGGCGUAACCUGCUCAUAUUAAAACCGUGCCUUUACAAAAAGAAAAUUUAUCUUGUUAUCAACACCAUUUACAUCUUGUUGUAAUAUACAGCUCGGGUUCUCGGGUACAUUUCCAGAGAGUUCCAGAGGGUUCCCCGGGGAACCCUCUUCUUCUGGUUGGGGAGGGGGGGGGGGGGGGGGGGAUGUGCCAGAAACUAUCCUAUUUCCAUGGUUGAUGCACUUUGUCACCUCCCUGGGAUUCUUCAGUUGGGAAUACAGUUGGGAAUUCUAUUUGGAUUUCAGUUGGGAAUUCUGGGGAGAAUUCAGUCGGGAUUUCGGUUUGGAUUUCUCUUUGGGUAUUCAGUUGGGAUUUCAGACGAGAGUUCCGGUGAGAUUUCAGUUGAGAAUUCAGUUGAGAAUUCUCAACUGAGAAUUCCCAGUUUACCCAGAUGUACGGUGGAUAUCUAGAUCCCCCUACCAGCCCAGCAGUUGGUACAUUCCGACCGGCCGGUGGCUGGAGAGCGGAUCGGUCCAUCAUGCAGCUAGGGGGACCCUCAGACCUGUGCAUGUCCCCCAGAGAGGAAAUAAGUCCCUUUAAAAAACGA